AAAGCUCCAGCCAUCCUUGUCUUUUCACCAGUUAGCUUUCAUUGUGUUAGACAAGGCCAGUGGGCAUCCUUAUGUUUUCACCAGUUAGCUUUCAUUGUGUUAGCCAAGGCCAGUGGGCAUCCUUAUGUUUUCACCAGUUAGCGUUCAUUGUGUUAGUUGUAACUUUUUUUAUACCAAUAAUGAAAAUGUUGACACCGUUGUGUUGAGAAUAGUGGGCUGUAGAGAAGUGGUCUACUGUCUCAGCUAAAGUGGGGUGGGAGAUAAUCAGUAAGGUUUCUCUUAUGUGUAUUUUUAGAGGGGAACGGUGUCGUACAUAACCAUAAGCAGUACUUAUAGCUGCACUGAAUGCAUUAUGGUGCCAUAGGCUAUCCAAAUCACUGUAGGGGAGGACUUGGUGGCCUGUAUAUUCUUUGAAUUAGUUAUACACGUUGCAAUGUUUUGAAAUGCGGGCUUUUAUUUUGAACAUUUCCUCAUUACCAUACCACCCGGAAGUCAUCGUUUGUGCUGCUGGCAGAAUACCGGCUCGUCAUUUACGGCUUCUUCCACUUCGCAGCACAUCUCCAGAUAAACGCUAGAGAUGUUGCUGUGUGCUCUGGUGGGUCUGCUGCUGCUGUUCUCCUGUCUGGAUGUGUGGUACUUCCUGCGGGGGGUGGUGGUGGUGGUGCAGGCCUGGUUCCAACCCCCGGUCUGGGAUGUCCUGGCAGAACAGAGUGUUGCUGGGAGGGUCCUACCUCAUGACCUGGACUAUAUGGGUCACAUGAAUAACGCCAGAUACCUCCGGGAGUGUGACUUCGCCAGGUUCCACCAUUACAUGCGGAACGGGAUCUUUAAGGCCCUACGGACCCUGAAGGCCACCAUGGUGGUGGGGGCCUCCACUAUUCGCUACCGACGCUCGCUGGCCUUCGGGGAAGCAUUUGACUUGCGCACUCGCAUCGUGGCAUGGGACGACAAGUCAUUCUACGUGGAGCAGCGGUUUGUCUCCCAGGGCGACGGGUUCAUCUCCGCGGUGAUGCUAUGCAGACAGAAUGUUCUCCGUAGCAACCCUGAGAGCAUCCUACAGCUGCUCUGCAAGAGGAAGGUGGAGUGUCCCGACUACCCUGAGGAUCUGCAGCACUGGAUCAGCUUCAUCUCAGCCAGCAGCCAGGCCCUGAGAGCCCAGAGUGGACUAGAGGACAAGACUGGAGCGCAGGAAGACAAAGACAAGUGAUACACACAUUCCUUGAGGAGCCCUAACAUUACACAUUGUUGUAGCCCGGCCCCAAGCACACCUGAUUCAACGAAUCUGCUUAUAAUUCAGCUGUUGAUUAGUUGAAUCAGGUGAGGGCCUAGAACUGACAUGACUGACAGCUCCCUCAGUAUACAGGAACUAAACUGACAUGACUGACAGCUCCCUCAGAAUACAGGAACUAAACUGACAUGACUGACACCUCCCUCAGAAUACAGGAACUAAACUGACAUGACUGACAGCUCCCUCAGAAUACAGGAACUAAACUGACAUGACUGACAGCUCCCUCAGAAUACAGGAACUAAACUGACAUGACUGACAGCUCCCUCAGAAUACAGGAACUAAACUGACAUGACUGACACCUCCCUCAGAAUACAGGAACUAAACUGACAUGACUGACAGCUCCCUCAGAAUACAGGAACUAAACUGACAUGACUGACACCUCCCUCAGAAUACAGGAACUAAACUGACAUGACUGACACCUCCCUCAGAAUACAGGAACUAAACUGACAUGACUGACAGCUCCCUCAGAAUACAGGAACUAAACUGACAUGACUGACAGCUCCCUCAGAAUACAGGAACUAAACUGACAUGACUGACACCUCCCUCAGAAUACAGGAACUAAACUGACAUGACUGACAGCUCCCUCAGAAUACAGGAAAUAAACUGACAUGACUGACACCUCCCUCAGAAUACAGGAACUAAACUGACAUGACUGACACCUCCCUCAGAAUACAGGAACUAAACUGACAUGACUGACACCUCCCUCAGAAUACAGGAACUAAACUGACAUGACUGACAGCUCCCUCAGAAUACAGGAACUAAACUGACAUGACUGACACCUCCCUCAGAAUACAGGAACUAAACUGACAUGACUGACACCUCCCUCAGAAUACAGGAACUAAACUGACAUGACUGACACCUCCCUCAGAAUACAGGAACUAAACUGACAUGACUGACAGCUCCCUCAGAAUACAGGAACUAAACUGACAUGACUGACACCUCCCUCAGAAUACAGGAACUAAACUGACAUGACUGACACCUCCCUCAGAAUACAGGAACUAAACUGACAUGACUGACACCUCCCUCAGAAUACAGGAACUAAACUGACAUGACUGACAGCUCCCUCAGAAUACAGGAACUAAACUGACAUGACUGACAGCUCCCUCAGAAUACAGGAACUAAACUGACAUGACUGACACCUCCCUCCGAAUACAGGAACUUAUUCAUUAUGAUUUUAAAAUACAAAACUGAUCCUAGAUCAGUACAGCUACUACAGACCAAGUGGCUUUAACCUUGUACUGCAGUGGGCUAAAUCAGGGUCACAGAGUGAUUCUGGGUAGUCUUAAACAGAUCUACAUUGAAACAAAAGAAUACAUCUCACACACAUGGUUAUGGGCUUAAACAAAGACACCUGUACCAUGUCAGAUAUGGAGCUGAAAUGUAUAACAUGUUUAGUUUGCAUCCCAAUAUUACACUUUAUAUACAUCACAGAAGACUGAAAUAUAACAAAACUGCUUGACAUAGAAACACCGGAUUUCUACAUUAAAAAUAUAUAUAUAUGUUUCUUAAUUAUGAAAAACAUUUCACCCAUGAGGCCACUAGAGAGCACUUUGGUCAUUGGCCUGCAGGAUAGAGGACCAUCGUGUUGUUAAGGGAUUCAUCCUAACCUAAGAUGCAAAACCUUUUCCCAUUGACAUGAAACUCUUACCAUAAUAGUUUUAGUUACGUGUGCAUGUAUCUCGAGAUAGUCUCUUUCAAUUAUUCAUUUCGACAUCUGUGGGAUUCACCAGAAUUACCUAAGUAGCUCGAAGGACCAAUCAUAAAUGUCUGUCGGAGACUGACGGGUCGAGUGGCGAAUGACGGAGCCCCUCCCAUCAUACUAAAGAGCCAGUCACCUGCCCUCUGAUCAUUCUCACCUCUCUUCCACACAGAGGAGUUCUACUCAGCUCUCCUCAGCACCACUAGAUCUGUUUUCCUGUUCACAGGUUUAACGGUUACACAGCCGAGCGAUGGGUUAUUCGUCUUUUGUGUUGGGUGACCUUGGGCAAGGCACUUAACCCUAAUUGCUCCCUGUAAGUCGCUCUGGAUAAGAGUUUUUGCUAAAUUACUAAAAUGCAGAAUGAACGUUUUCGCUUCACUGCUUUUUCUUCAUUCGUCUCCUGUUGUAGCUAGCGUAAAACAGCUAGCGUAAAACAGCUAGCUAAGGAGACUUGGCUAGCUUAGCUGCAAGGCCAGCUCCCCUACCGACUAGCUCUUCUACCUGGAAGUUUGAACUCUCGUUUAGUUCAACCCACUACCGAUGUUGACCAGACCGACCAUCCUAGCGUCACUGCUUAUCGAUCGAGAAGCACACUGUUGUUCAUCACAAGACCAACAUAACGUUGGCUAGCCGUUGGCUAGCCAUGCUACUAGCCCUUGUGACGAACGCUAGCUGCGCUCACAUUGUUAAAGGGAUUGGCUUCUCCGGCCAGCACUGUGCUAACUCACUAGCCUACCACACUCGCUAGCCUACCACACUCGCUAGCCUACCUCGCUAGCCUACCACACUCGCUAGCCUACCACACUCGCUAGCCUACCACGCUAGCCUACCACGCUAGCCUACCACGCUAGCCUACCAUCGUUUUACUUUGUUCUCGAAUUAGCCUUUUUUUGGAGCCAUGGAACAUGCUAACUCGGCCCAAGAUUUACCGAACAAGGCCUGUGCCCAUGCUGGGCUACCAUAUAUUUUAUACGGGAUGACUUUAUUCCGCAUAAAAGUAACGUUGUAGCCCCUUGGUGGCAAGGCAAGCUGUGGAUAGCGGAGAUCAUUCACCCGCUGUACAACAAGCCUGGGCAACUCCUGUUACGCAGAGAUCAGCUGACCAAAGCGAACUGAGAGACUGUCCCUCACCCGGAAGCCAUGGCCCUCUGGCCCUUGAGAGGUUAAAUGUGGACUAUUGAGUCUAUCCAGAGUGCUAGGGCUCAUUCUACACGCUCACUGUAUGGAAACAAGUGGUGUUUUU